CGGACGCUAAAAUGUGCUCCUCCAAGAACAAAAUUGGAGCUCCUGACGAUCGAUCCUAUCCUGCCAUCCCGACGGUCGUUCCAAUCCACAAAGUCACCGUUCAUGACCGGCAACACUGGCAUCGUCCACGAAUUUACUGUCCCAGAGGUACGAUUGUUGUGUUUUCACCCUUCAUCUUGCAAUUGGGAUCGGAGUUGUACAACAUCCUUUUGCUUUUGCCCUUUGCUUUAUGAGAUUUGUUGGGUUGAACUUUUUUUUGCAGGAUCUGGCGGUGACGCACGAUUCCCCCGACGAGCUUCCUUCUCGAUAUCACUCUCUAUAAUGAAUCGACGCGGUCUUCGAACAUGCCCGUGACAGCGACUGCAUCUGAUCCGCCAUGGCCACUACUGAUUCUUGCUCUGGUUGCUUCGCAGAUGGAGAGGAAGAAGGGUGGUUCAGAGUCUCUCUGUACUCAGUCUGGCUGGUGGUCCAGAGCCCUGAUUCUGCAGUGCCGACAGCGGAUGCUUUAGACUUCAGAGUCUCUUCAUUUUCGGCGACGGGGUGGUUCAGCCUUCAGUUGCUUACGCCGGAGGAGAGGAAAAAGGGGAUGAACCAGUGGGAAGGAGGCGGCGGGAGGAAGAGAUUAGGAUCGGCAGUUUGGGGUUUGGGGAAUUGGGGAUUUUGGAAUUUUUAUUAUUUUUAGAAUUCGUAGAACUACAUGAUUCGUCAGAAAAAAGAAUGAUAACUAGUUUGUUCUAUAUAACGGGAUUAUUAGUUAUUAUUAUUAACUGAAUUACAAAAUUAAAAAAUAUUAUUAUUCAGUGACGUGGCACCAUAUAUAAGCCACGUCAACCAUUUUUUACUUAAUCGCUAACGGAAUAAAUGUUUGACCGUUAA